UUUUUUGGAAGGCCCAAACCCAAGUCCGAGAAACCAAUGACCGGCUCACCAGAUGCUGAAGAUGGCAUGCAAGACCACUUUCAAGAGCAACGAUGCCUUGAAUGGGGCGACUGGAGGGUCCUUUGCAUAUGCUACAAGACCGAAAGCACCCACUGGUUGACUUGAAAUGACCAUGCCACUGUUGCCAGGGUAUCCUUGGGCCUUCUGCAAAGGUUGCAAGUGGGGUUCCUCCACAUACUUUGGGCCGGUAGAGAACCAGAUUAAAACAAUCGAGCUGGGAAGGGCGGUACAAGAGGCCCCAUGGCUUUGGGCCGGUAGCCAAAGAACGUGAAGACAGCAUCAAGCCAGGCAUGGCGUAGCAAUUGGUCCCAUGGCUUUGGGCCGGUUGGGCAAGCAGCAGCACGAAGAAACUAUCACAUAAAAUUCACAUCCUCAAAAAACAAAAACAAGCAGUUGAGAACCCAUCCAUUCCUUCAUAGUUUAACCAACAACGAAAACAAGCAGUUCAGAACCCCCAUCGUUUGACCAACAACACCAUGACGACAGUUUCUUUCACCUCGACGACCAGUCCCAAUGUGGCCGCUGCGUUUGACUGCAGUGCCCAAGAUUGCAACUUUGUGCUGUACGAAGCGAUGCAUGAUCCCGUGUUUCUGCACAAUGCCCUCAAGUUGGCGCGUAAAAAGCUGGACAAAACCAGCAUCAUGAUUCCCAGCAGCGACCUCAAGGAAAAGCCAAAGAAUCCCGCAAAGGCAUCGCUUCAAGGUUACACUGAGGAACAGUUUGGUCUACAAGACGAUGAACGCGACCAAGAGCUCUUUCGGCGUCAUCGCAACUGCGAGGAUGGCUGCAAUGAUGGGAUCGACUGGACGACCACUACCCUCAACUGUGUCAAGUCCGAAAGUCCGUUGUUUCACAAUCUCGAGCACGGCACUGCCGGCAAAACUACCAUGCGAAGCCACACGGCGACAACCUCCAUGACGAGACAAAAGAAGAGGGGCCCGCCCCAAAAGAAGCCCGUUGUUGUUCCCGCCAACAAAAAGAAGACCAUUCAUAAUCCUAGUAGGUUGAUUCACUUGGGUAUUGUGGCAGCAACUUGCAUUGAAUGCGACGAAGAGACUGCUAAUGAUCUCAACUAACUGCGAAACCGGGGCUCCCAAACUUGUAUACCUUCUUGUCUCAGAAAAGAUAACUUUAUUGUAAUAUUGUGAGUUGUAUUGC